UCUAACGAUGGGACUAUUUUAAUGAUGAAUCAUUUGAGCGUCAUUUUGAAGAUGGCUCUCCUGAGUUGUGAAAAGGCUGCUAACUAAACGGCUAACUGACAGCGGUAGAGACGUGGAAGCUAACAGCGUUUUAAUUCAUACUUAAUCUUCAAGAUGGUGCAGCGCCUGACUUACCGCCGUAGGUUGUCCUACAACACCGCCUCCAACAAAACCAGACUGUCCCGGACUCCUGGUAACCGAAUUGUGUAUCUGUACACAAAGAAGGUCGGCAAAGCCCCCAAGUCAGCAUGUGGCAUCUGCCCAGGAAGACUGCGUGGAAUUCGUGCUGUCAGACCUCAGGUUCUGAUGAGGCUCUCCAAGACCAAGAAGCACGUGAGCAGGGCCUAUGGAGGAUCCAUGUGCGCCAAGUGUGUGCGUGACAGGAUCAAGCGUGCUUUCCUGAUUGAGGAGCAGAAGAUCGUUGUCAAAGUGCUCAAGGCACAGGCACAGAGCCAGAAAUCUAAGUAAAAUGUGUAUUUGUAAUGCCACAAUAAAAAAUGACAAUUCCAUUUGUCUGUUGUGA